UCCAAGAUGGCGGCAGCGCCGGGGCGGUGGCCGCUGUGGGUGACCCUGUGCCUCGGGGCCGCGCUCGCCGUCGACCGCAGCAACUUCAAGACCUGCGAGCAGAGCGGUUUCUGCAGGCGGCAGCGGCGGAUCCAGCCUGGGAAUUCCCCGUACCGGGCGCUGCUGGAGUCACUGGAGCUCGGCCCUGACGUGGCCAAGAUCCAGCUGGUCAAUGAGGUCACCCAGGUGCCACUGCUGCUGGAGGUGUGGGGGCUCACCGGGAACAUGACACGCCUGCGCAUCCAGGAGCUGGCCCCGCUCCGGCCCCGCUUCCAGGUGCCCGACGUGCUGCUGGGGGAGCCACCUGUUGAGAGGCUGGAGGUGACAGGCCGUGACGAGGGUACCCUGGAGCUGUCCCUGGGCCCCGGGGGACACCGGCUGCUGGUGACGGAGCGGCCGUUCCGCCUGGACCUGCUGCGGCACCGUGAGCUGCUCUGCAGCGUCAACGCCCGCGGCCUCCUCGUCUUCGAGCACCAGCGGCGCCGCCGGGACUCGGACCCCCCCAAGGACUCCCCAGGCGAGGAGGGGGCGGCGCAGGAGGGGCCCGAGGACAGCGCUGGCAGCACCCAGAGCGAGAAGCCCGUGGAACCCACAGCAGAGCCUGAGGAGGAGCCGGGGGCGUGGGAGGAAACCUUCAAGACACACACGGACAGCAAACCCUACGGACCCACCUCGGUGGGGUUGGAUUUCUCCCUGCCCGGAUUCGAGCACGUGUACGGCAUCCCCGAGCACGCCGAGAGCCUGCGGCUGCGGCCCACCGAGGGGGGUGACCCGUACCGCCUGUACAACCUGGACGUGUUCCAGUACGAGCUGUUCAACCCCAUGGCUCUGUACGGGUCCGUGCCACUGCUGCUCGCCCACCGGCCCCGCCUCAGCCUCGGCAUCUUCUGGCUCAACGCUGCCGAGACCUGGGUGGACAUCGGCUCCAACACGGCUGGGAAGACCCUUUUUGGGAAGCUCCUGGAUUACAUGCAGGGGGGGGGUGAGACCCCCCAGACCGAGGUGCGCUGGAUGUCCGAGAGCGGCGUCAUCGAUGUGUUCCUGCUGCUGGGACCAGGGCCUGCCGAUGUCACUGCCCAGUACGGGAAACUGACUGGCACGCAGGCGCUGCCCCCCCUGUUCUCCCUGGGAUAUCACCAGAGCCGCUGGAAUUACCAGGACGAGGCGGACGUGGAGGCCGUGGAGAGAGGAUUUGAGGAGCACGAGCUGCCCCUGGACGUGCUCUGGCUGGACAUCGAGCACGCCGACGGCAAGCGCUACUUCACCUGGGACCCCGCCAAAUUCCCAAAUCCACGGGGGAUGCUGGAGCACCUGGCGGCCCGGAAACGCAGGAUGGUCAGCAUCGUGGACCCUCACAUCAAGGUGGACGGGGCGUACCGGGUGCACGCCGAGCUGAAGGCACGAGGCCUCUACGUCAAAACCAAGGAUGGCAACGACUACGAGGGCUGGUGCUGGCCCGGCUCCUCGGCGUACCCUGACUUCACGAACCCCGAGAUGCGCGAGUGGUGGGCGAACAUGUUCGCCUUCGACCAGUACGAGGGCUCCACGGAGGCGCUGUUCACGUGGAAUGACAUGAACGAGCCGUCGGUGUUCAGCGGCCCCGAGGUGACGAUGCACAAGGACGCGCGGCACUUCGGGGGCUGGGAGCACCGAGAACUGCACAACCUCUACGGGCUCUACGUGCACAAGGCCACGGCCGAGGGGCAGAUCCGGCGCUCGGGGGGGCGGCUCCGGCCUUUCGUGCUCAGCCGCGCUUUCUUCGCCGGCUCCCAGCGCUACGGUGCGGUUUGGACCGGGGACAACACGGCCGAGUGGGAUCAUCUGCGGAUUUCCAUCCCCAUGUGCCUGAGCUUUGGGCUGGCCGGGCUGGCAUUCUGCGGGGCGGACGUGGGCGGGUUUUUCCAGAACCCGGGCCCGGAGCUGCAGGUGCGCUGGUACCAGGCCGGGGCGUUCCAGCCGUUCUUCCGCGCCCACGCUCACCUGGACACGGCGCGGCGGGAGCCGUGGCUGCUGCGCCCCGAGCACCUGGAGCUGGUCAGGGUCGCCCUGCGGCGCCGCUACGCCCUGAUCCCACUGUGGUACACGGCCUUCUACCGCUGCCACCGCCAGGGAAUCCCCGUCAUGAGGCCCAUGUGGAUGGAAUUCCCAGAUGACCCCCAGACCUUCGCCAUGGAUGACCAGUACCUGAUCGACCGGGUGCUGCUGGUGCACCCCGUGACAGAGCAGGGCGCCCGCAGGGUCAACGUGUACCUGCCUGGGGAGGGAGAGGUCUGGUAUGAAGAUGAGACCCACGAGCAGUACAAGGCACCCCAGACCCUCUAUGUGCCCGUCACCCUCAGCACUAUCCCGGUGUUCCAGCGGGGUGGGACGGUGAUCCCACGCCAGGACCGGCCUCGCCGCUCCACCGAGGCCAUGAGGGGCGACCCCUUCACCCUCUACGUAGCCCUGAGCCCCCAGGGCACGGCACAGGGGGAGCUGUACCUGGAUGAUGGGGUCAGCUUUGACUACGCCACCAAAAACAAAUUCCUGCACCGGCACUUCGCCUUUGCCAACGGCACCCUCACCUCCAGCUCCGCUGACCCCCGCGGGUCCAUGUCCAGUCCGGCCUGGCUGGAGCGAGUGGUCAUCCUUGGGAUGGGGCGGCCAGAGAGCGCCCUGCUGACCACCCACGACGGUUCCCAGACCCCGCUGGAGUUCCAACACGACGCCGAGCGCUCGGUGCUGACCCUGCGGCGCCCGGGGGUCCCCAUUGGGGAAGACUGGAGCAUCUCCCUGCGAUAAUGGAUGGGGGGGGCCCCCGGACCACCCCCCCCCCAAAUUCCCCCAAAGCCCCAGGGCCCCCCCAGAGCCCCCCAAAAACCCCAAAUUUCCCCCCCCCCCCCCAAAAAAAAACCCCAGAGGACAACGCGGUUUAAGGAGCCCAGAAUUUGGGGUGAAGGGGGGGGGUGAGUUCCCCGAAAUCAGGGGUGAGAACCCCCCAGAAUAGGGGUUGCGACCCCCAAAAUGAGGAUUGAGCCCCCCCAAAUGAGGGGUCAGACCCCCCCCCCCCCCAAAUCAGGGGUUGAGACCCCCAAAAUGAGGGGUGAGUCUCCCCCCAGAAUGAGAGGUUGAGCCGCCCCCCUCCCCCUUUUGCCCCAAAUUUUUUUUUGGGGGGUUGGGGUCUCUGAGCCCCCAAAUUUGAGGCUGGGUUGGGGGUGACUGCGCCCUCCCCCCUAACUGGGGGAGUUGGGUCUGAAGCCCCCUAAAUCGGGGUUCCCCCCUCCUAGAUUUGUGUAGGGGUCGCAUCGAGGGGGUUUGGGGACCAAGGCUCUGUUACACCCCCCCCCCGCGCCCCCUCCUCCCCUUUAUUCGCCCCUCCCCCACUCUGGGGGGGGGGCUCAGAGGGGUUUUUUGGAGACCCCUUCCCCCUGUUUGGAGGGAGGGGCAGAGCCGGAUUCCCCCCCCUCCCCCCCCCGGCACGGGGGAGUCUGGGAGGGAGGGGGAGAGAGGGGGGAGAGAGGCGCGGCGCCGCGCGGAGUUUUGAUAAAA